UUUCUAAUUAGAGUAAUGUUUGUAGAGCUACUAUGUGUAUAUAUGUAUAAGUAUAAACUGAGCAACUUUUUUUGAUUGACUUGGAUGGGAAUGUGGUACUAGUAUGUGGGAAUUUGAUGGGAUUGUAGUGUAGUGUCCUUGGGUUUUUUUCCUUUUCUUUUUGUUUGCAUGUCCAAAUCACAUGGGGUAUGGGAAUUUGACUGAAAGGACAUAGACUUUGGAGUUUUUGAUCUUCUGGGUUUCUGUCUCUUAAAAAAUUUUCUAUAUAUAAAACUCUAAUAGUUUACACCCACAACAAAAGCUCUUGGUAUUCCUUUAUUCUUGGAUAUCCUCUUUCCUCCAUUAGAAUUUUAUCUUUUUUUCUCUCUUUUUUUAAUUCCCUAUGUAUGUUGAUGAAUUGUGUAGUUUAUGGGGUUGAGGUUGGCUGGGUAAAUUCUAGUAGGAUUAAUAAGCUGGGAAAAUUUAAUACAGGAAAUGGGUGGAGUUGAAUGUGUUCUUGCCAUGGGAACUUUGGCUUGCUUUUGGAAGAGGAAGUUCUUGUAAUCAAGGUGCACUUUAAAAGAAGCUUUUUUUUAUUAUCAAGAAGGUGUGUUGGUCUAAUUUAAAUUAUGUUAAGAAGCAUCUGAUGAACACAUAACCAUAGAAGAAAACAGAAAGGAUCAGUCAUGAAGUUUAUGAAACUUGGAUCUCGGCCAGAUACUUUCUAUACUACUGAGGCAGUAAGGUCAGUCUCCUCUGAAGUGUCUAGUGAUCUCAUAAUUCAAGUGAAGGGAAGUAGAUACUUGCUUCACAAGUUUCCUCUCCUGUCCAAGUGUUUGCGCCUGCAGAGGCUAAGCUCUGAAUCUCCUGAAUCCUCACAACACCAAAUGGUCCAACUUGCUGAUUUCCCUGGUGGAGUAGAAGCAUUUGAACUAUGUGCAAAGUUCUGUUAUGGCAUCACAAUCACUGUAAGUGCCUACAACAUUGUUGCUGCUCGUUGUGCUGCUGAGUACUUGCAGAUGACAGAGGAUGUUGAAAAGGGGAACCUAAUAUACAAACUUGAAGUUUUCUUCAAUUCCUGCAUUCUUCAUGGAUGGAAGGAUUCCAUUGUGACAUUACAAAGCACCAAAGCCUAUCCUAUGUGGUCAGAAGACCUUGCAAUAACAAGCAGAUGCAUUGAAGCAAUUGCUUCAAAGGUCUUAAGUCACCCGUCAAAGGUGAGUUUGUCACAUAGUUAUUCCCGGCGAGGGAGAGACGAUAUGUCAUGCAAUGGUGCAGAGAGCAUGAGACAUAAACCUGAAAGCAAGGGAUGGUGGGGAGAAGAUAUUGCAGAAUUGGGCAUAGACCUUUAUUGGAGAACCAUGAUAGCAAUUAAAUCUGGUGGAAAGACGCCCUCUCAUCUUCUUGGAGAUGCAUUGAAAAUCUAUGCAUCUAGAUGGUUACCCAACAUAUCAAGGGAUGGGUUUGUCAGUAAGCAAGCAGGAUCAGACUCGGAUUCGGAGACAACUUGUGAGCUAACCUCAAAGCAUAGGCUGCUCUUGGAAUCAAUAAUAAGCUUACUUCCAGUGGAGAAAGGUGCUGUUUCUUCUAGUUUCCUACUUAAACUAUUGAAGGCAGCCAAUAUCCUUAAUGCUUCUUCUUCUUCAAAGAUGGAAUUGGCCAGAAGAGUUGGACUUCAGUUAGAGGAAGCAAGAGUCAGUGAUUUGUUAAUACCCUCUCUAUCACAUUCAAAUGAUACACUAUAUGAUGUAGACAUGGUCAUGAUCAUAUUAGAACAGUUCCUGUUACAAGGGCAGAGUCCCCCAACUAGUCCUCCAAGAUCCAAGUUGGGGUUUGAAAGGAGAAGGUCCAGGUCAGCAGAAAAUAUUGAUUUUGAAUUUCAGGAGAGUAGGAGGUCAUCUUCAGCAUCUCAUAGCUCAAAAUUGAAGGUGGCAAAGAUUGUUGAUGGGUAUCUUCAAGAGAUUGCCCGGGACAUGAAUUUGCCUUUGUCAAAGUUUAUUGCAAUAGCUGAAGCAAUACCAGAUUUUGCAAGGCUGGAUCAUGAUGAUCUCUACAGAGCUAUUGACAUUUAUCUCAAGGCUCAUCCAGACCUCAACAAGAGUGAAAGGAAAAGGUUGUGUCGAAUCCUAGACUGCAAAAAGCUAUCUAUGGAGGCCUGCAUGCAUGCUGCACAAAAUGAGCUACUCCCAUUAAGGGUGGUUGUGCAAGUUCUUUUCUUUGAGCAAGCAAGGGCUGCCAUGGCUGGUGGCAAAGUGACUGAGCUGCCUAGCAACCUCAAGGCACUCUUAGCCACACAAGGUAUUGACCCAUCAAGGCCUCCAGCACCAUUAAGUACCACUACUACCAUUCCAGCUGAGGAUCAGUGGAGUGUGUCUGGCCUUAAAUCACCAAAGUCAAGGAUGUCUACUUUAAGAAUGAAGCUGGCUGAGGAUGAUGACUUGGAUGACAAUGAUAUGCACCCAGAUGGAAUUAAUAGAAAUUCUAGGCUCAAGGCUCUUUGUGCACUUCCUACUAGGCCUAAAAGGAUGUUCAGUAAGUUAUGGUCUAUCAACAGAAGUGCCAGUGAAAAGAAUUGAAUGAAUUUUGUUUAUUUUGAGGUUGGAGAUGGUAAUUUAAAAGGGAAAAAAAUACUCUGCUUUUUCUUUGUUCUUGCAAAAUGCCUUGUAACUUGUAGGAAAAGAACUUGAGAAUCUUAAUGCGCAUUAUUGAUGUAAUCUAUUGUAAUAAGAAACAACAUUUUCAGGACUUGAGAGAAAUAUCUCUUUGGUGAA